CUAUCCUGAUGCUAAAUUUUAGUUAACUGUCAAGGAAAGAAUUUAGACUUGUAUAAAAUUAAUGAAAGAUAUCGAUAAAAAUACGUUAUAAUCACUGUUUAUUUGUCCAAUGACAACUGGUACAUAAUAAAAUAAUCAUCAAGAAAUUUUAAGUGUUGUUCGCAAUGAAUACAUUUUUUAAGGCAACGAAUUCUUUCGAAACAGAAGUUGAGAAAGCUACUAGUGAAAAAAACACAACAGAGCUAUGGGAUGUUAUUUUGGAUAUUUGUGAUAAGGCUGGAAAGUCAUCAGAUGAUGCUAAAGCCUGUUUGAGAGCUAUUUAUAAAAGACUGAACAAUAGUGAUCCACAUAUACAAGUUCAAGCAGUUACACUAUUAGAUGCUUGUGUAAGCAAUUGUGGAAAAGUGUUUCAUAUAGAAAUAGCUUCAAGAGAGUUUGAGAACGAAUUUACAAAGUUGUUAAAAAAGUGUCAUCCAACAGUUCAACAGAAGUUAAAAGAAUCUUUAAAAAAGUGGGCAGAAGGUGAAUUUAAGAGUGAUCCCCAAUUGAAUUUGGUACCUUCAUUGUAUAAUAAAUUGAAAAGUUCUGGAACAGAUUUUACAGUAGAAAUGCCUACAAAAAAGACAAUUCCAUUAAGUAAAGACCCAAAUGUGGUCCAGUCUGCUGAAGAGGAGGAACAAAUUGCUAAAGCAAUAGAAUUAUCUUUAAAAGAAACAUCUUCUUCUCCAAGGUCUACAACUAGUGCUGCAACAUCAUCAUCACUUUAUCCAACAGCAAAUCUUGCAAGUGCAGCAUUAGCUUCAAGCAGUACUGCACCCCCAAAGGAAUUGAGGAAAGUUCGAGCACUAUAUGAUUUUGAAGCAGCAGAAGACAAUGAAUUAACAUUUACAGCAGGAGAAAUAAUUUUUGUAAUUGAUGAUUCUGAUGCAAAUUGGUGGAAAGGCAGUAAUCAGAGGGGCGAAGGACUAUUUCCUGCAAAUUUUGUAACUGCUGAUUUAUCAGCUGAACCAGAACAACUAUCUGCAGAAAAGAACAAAAAGUUGGUUCAAUUCAGUGAUUAUGUAGAAGUAAAGAAUGUGGAUUCUGAACCUCAAGAAGUUGAAAUAAAUGAAGAAAAGAUAGACAGGUUACUUCAUUUAUUACAUGAUGCAGAUACUACAAAUCCAGAAAAUGAUGAUGAGGAAAUGUUACGAUUGGAAAGAGAAGCCAAUGCCAUGGGCCCUUUGAUUGAUUCUGAAUUAGAACAAGUGGACCGAAAGCAUGCACAGUUAACCAAACUGAGUACAGAUCUAGUCGAUGCCUUAAGUUUAUACCAUAGUUUAAUGAGGGAACCGCAAUUUCAGCCUGUAAAUAAAAUGUACAACCAAUUUCCUCCGAACUCGCAACCACCGACGGGGAUGUAUCAUAAUGGCAGCUUGCCUCCAAAUACUUCCAUGCCCCCGCAAUUUAUGAUUGGUCAGCCUGUGAAUAUCCCUCCAGGCCAGCAGGAUACUCAUAUGGGACAGGUUUCCUUACCACCACAACAGCAGUCGAUGAUGGGGCCACCUCCCGGCAUGAUGUUACCCCCGCAUUUUAUUUAUGGAGAAUCGAGAGGCGGACCGAUGCCCCAAUUUGGGCAUAUGAAUCCUGGUCUUCCUCCAGGUCAAACAGCCGGACCAAAUAGUAAUGUGUUUACCGGAGGUGUACCUCCACAACAACAACAACAACAGCAGCAAACUAUUCAACAGCAAGGCAGUUUGACCAGAUUUCCUCAGGGGUUGCCGCCAAAUUUUGGUCCUCAAAGUGUACCACCUGGCUAUGGUCCAGGAGUCUCGAUACCUAGUGCGGGAUCGCAAACAGUUUUGCCUUCCACAUCUUCCUCAAAGCAAUUGCCCGGACAAUAUGCGUCCGCUAGCAGUACUCACCUGAUGUAGUAGUUUUUAAAAGUUAAAAGUUAUUGAAAACGUAUUUUUUUACACUUAGAUGUUGUAAGGAAAACGUUGAACUAUUACAUAGGGGUAAUCAAAACAGAAAAUAAUGAGAAAACUGAACCGUCUGUAUUCUGCUUGAAACGAUUAUAUUUUAUUAUUAAUUAUAUGUAUAAUUAUCACACAGUCUUCUUUACACGACCUUUACUAAUAUAACCGUAUUUAUUGCAGAAGGAAAGAAAAAAAAAUGCUAGAAAAUGUAUAGGUUUUAGAUUUAAAGCAACAUUUAAUAAUAACGAUGCAUAUAUUGUAUGUAAUGUUAGGUAGGACGAUGGGGAAUUUAAGUGAUAUGUGAGAUAUUAGAUUGCAAUGGUAUAACUUGGUUUGAGUUGUUUAUUGUGAUAAAAAGAAGAAUAACGAAAGCUUGAAUGAAACGUUGUGAGGGCUACCUUUUAAAUUAUAACGGAAGAAUAUCAUUUAGUUUUUGUUGUUGUACAUUUUGUGAAAGAAUCAUUGUAAAGUUUAUAAGAAGCGAUAUUUAGAAAAUAAAACUUGUAUUUAAA